AUGGAUAUCCCAGAAAGGCUUUUGCAGUAUAGAUAUCAUUUUGCUUUAGCAAUCACUGCUUCUGUUGUUCUUUCUUUACUAUUAUAUGCUGCUCCUAGACUGCUCUUCAUUCUUGCAUAUUUUUGGCCUUUAUUUGCCUCAACAACUGUAUUCCUGAUAUUGAUCUUAGUCUUUGGUGGUACCGUUUCACAGUUGGCUACAGAUUCCCAUGCUUACGGUGAAAAAGCAGGUGAAGGGCUUCUUGAUUAUGUUGCAGGGCAACCAGAAACUGUUGAGCACUCCCAAAAAUACGAAUCAGAUGUCAUGGUUGAAAUUCGAAGUGAAGUUUGUGGGAUUAUUUUUCCAAAUCACAAUGCUGAUGAUUGUAUAAGCUUAUGUCUUCUAAGCAAGCAAUUUCCUGAGGAUAGGGACCAUCUGUUCUUUACUUUUAAUAAGGAAAGCGUAUAUGGCAAUGCAUUUUGCAGAAAAGUGUUAUUAAAGAAGUGCUUUAUCUCAACCUUGCUUAGGCUGGCUUGGUGCUUCUACAUUUAUGUGAUUUGGAAGGAAAGGAUCAGGAAGAUUCAUGGGGAAUAUGGAGCUGAUGCCAAUGCGUUGGUGGAUUGA